AUCAAUGUCCUUCUUUGGACUUGGCUCAUCAGAUCCCUUGGCAGCCUUUGGAAAGGCUUCUUCCAAUGACAUUACUUCAGAAUCUUACCCUUUGAAACUUGCAAACUCUGUAGCUACAGAUAUCAGCAACAUGGCAACCUUUGCUAACAGCAAGGGCAGUUUCAGUGCUAACAGCCAGGGAGUUGUGGCUUCUGGGUCAUCAGCCACUACUAAGUCUCAACUUCUCUUUGGGUUGGACUUUGGCAAGGACGAGCCCAACUGGGCUGCAUUCGCUGUUCAGCACUACCUGGAAUCUAUCUUGACAUCUCCACUGCUGGUUGUGGAAACCCUAACUGAUGUGCAGUAUCAAAAACGGAUUGAUGCUACCAACGAGGAUGAUUUUUCGACAGACUAUGAAACUGUACACCCUGGCAGCAGUGGCAGCCGUGUGAUUCCACUUCAUCUUCCUCGUAUGCACUCGGGCAUCUCCUCAAACUUACGACUUAUUGCGGACAGUGAGCUGGAAGGUGUUUCUGGUCUUUUCAAAGGGCAUGUUACUGAUUUUGUCUUUCGAGCUUCAUUUUCGAUCAUUCAGCCAGGUAUCGAGGAGUUUAUGAAUGACAUGCUGGAUGUCUUUGAAGAUGUCAAUCCAACUACGAGCAUUUUAAGUCAUGCCAUUACUGGUGCUCUUUUAAGUCCGAUCGAAACUGCAAGAACUCGAUUGAUUGUUCAGGCAACAGGAUCAUCAAGGAGAAAAUAUUUUGGUCCUAUUCAUGUUCUGCAUAACAUGGCCAAUGAAGAGCGUCCCACCACGUUUUCCACUGCGUUUUCUACACUUUAUCAGCCACGAAUUCUUCUGCCAUCAGUUCUUGUUCAUACUGCAGGAUCAUUUGUACGAUUUUUUUCGUCUCGCAUCAUUCAGGAGGAGUUGGGAUUGGAUCCAGCAUUUUCUCCAAUCAUGUAUCGGCUAGCCACCUUGGGAUUUCUGGCAUUGGAGGCAGCAAUAGUGACACCUCUGGAAAUGGCCCGCAAACGUCUGCAAGUGCAGCGGAUUGAUGCAUUCCGUCGAUCGCCCAACCCAGUAGCGAGUCCCAAUUCAUCAAAGUCCCAAACGUUUGAAUCUGUCGUGGCGACUUCGUCUACACCAUAUACUGGACUAUUCAAUUGCAUUUACUCGAUUAUUUUUGAGGAAGGUGGACGACGACCCAUUUCCAUCAAAUCCAAGAAAAACCUAAAUCUGUCAGCAUCCGAUUGGCAGGAUAUAUAUGGAGGUGGUGGCAGCCAUAGUGGUCCACAGAAACAAUCUGGCGGAAUCUGGACUUCGAUGGUAAAUUUUAGCAAGGGAAUCUCUACUCUGUACAGAGGUUUUUGGGCUAGAUAUGCAACGACGAUAGUGCUUUAUGUUUCCAACGAGAUUUCCCGAGAUGACAAUUUUUAAUUCGACUUUAACACCAUCUUUCUGGUUAAACCCACUCCAAUAGUAAUGUAUCAAAACCAUUGAUGGAUUUGUUUUCGUGUUUUGCAAUGGCAGAGCUGUAAGACAUUGCUUUGGAUCUGGACAGCAUGUACAAUAAAUGGUAUU